CUGAGCCAAAGGAUACAAGCUGAGCCAUCAAACUCUCUCUCUUGUGCCUGCAGAAGGGAGGACGCUUACAGGCUGGAGCCAGAUCCCAUAGGCACUGCCACCCAAAUUCUCCAGCUGUUGACUCCUUGUUGUAGACUCUUCUACCUGCUGGGCUCCCGUUCGUCGUUGCCUGUCUGGGUGUGCUGAGCGAUGAAGAUCCCUCUGUGGUGCCUGGUGGUUCUGCUGGCAUGUCUCUUCUCCCCUGGACGCUGUGAUUGUCAGGGGGAAUGUGUGGCUUGUGGUCUGCUUCUGCAGGAGCAGCAGCUGCAACACGCCUUCAACACCAUAGUGUGUCUGAUGGAGUGUGAGGGUCAUGCCUCCUCUUCGCUUACAUGGGAAGUGUGCAAACAUGCUAUAAAGCUAUUACACCAUCCUUCUUUUCCUGAGGGGGGCGCUCUGUUCAAGAGAACAGGAGAGGAGCUGGAGUUGACCCCUCUUGACCUGAACUCUGACAAUGAGCUGCUGCAGUCUGCAGCCACAAAGCAUUUCCAAGAGGAGGAUGAGGAUGAGACACCCUUCGAGCAGCGCAGUGUCCAGUAUGACUCAUCGCUGCUGGAAUCCUUGGAGGAGGGGGAGAGCCUGGAGGGUCUGGAUCUGGCAGAUAAAGAGAGGAAGCAGAGGGAGGAGAGGAAUGUGGAAAGUGACAACCAAUUAGAAGGGGACCAGGAUGACAGCUCAGAGGGCAUCACCUUAUCCAAGCGCUUUGGCGGCUUUCAGAGGGGACGUCAUGGUUACAGGAAGCUGAUCGGCUCCCCCAUGAGGCCCCUACAAAAGCGCUACGGUGGGUUCAUAGGUGUCCGGAAGUCUGCCCGCAAAUGGAACAGUCAGAAACGGGUAAACCAGCUGCUCAGGCAGUACCUGGGCAUGAGGAGCAGCCGUAGCGGCAGGUUUAACAACACCCCCAUGACUCGGGUUUGGAGGCAAAGCAAACUGUAAUGUGUUUCUGUUGUCGUCACAGAAUCCUGCCCCGGUUACCUCAACCUGUUAAUCAUUUUUAUCAGCAGCUCCUUCAGUUUGAACUGUGACGUCAGCAUCGUGAUCAGAACAACAGACUCCAUAUCUCUGCACCUCUCUGUGUCUCUCAGUAACAAAGAAUGUUUUGACCGUGAUGUCCCUCUUCUUCAACAUGCCAUUCUGUGAAGUAAAAGAAAUAGAGAAAUGCAACUGAUUAUAUUUUUGUGUGUCGGUAUAAUAAAUGUGGCCAAAUGAGAUUGGAAAACUGGCUGACUGUGAGGUUUUUCAGAACUUAGGGUGUGUUCAUUAAAAUCAUGUUGAAUGCACUUUCAUACAUGUGUGGAUGGGACACAAGUCAUGGGUUCUGCACUCUGUGGAAUGGAUGGGAAAUGGACUUACAUAUUGUAUGCAACCACCACAAUAAUUUCUUAGUUUAAAAAAGUAUUUAUAGAUUUGGGACUAAACUAAUCUGAUACAGAUAAUUCUGGACUACAAGUGCUAGUUUUUCCAAAUGACAGAGCUUAAGCAUCAUUAAAUUAGUUGACCAGCAUUGUCUUUGCAAGAGGGUUCAGUCCGAUGUACAUACGGUUGGAUAGUGUGACUGCUGAAGCACAAACUGCUAAUUACUGGUAUGAGAAACCAAUUUUCUGCUUAAGAGAUUUAAUUAAUUAAACACAAUGAAGAUAAAAAUUGAUUUUCUGAACUUUAUAAACUUAACAAAACUCAACGUUAUUCCUCCAAAAAGCCUAGUUAAUUACUCCUGCCAAAAAGAGGCAUUUUCUUUACUAUUGUAUGCAGAUUAUAGUCACAAAGUGGAAUUUUUUCAUUGCAAACCUCAUAAGUGACGAGUUUCCAACUGGAGCCAAUGAGCUCUUCAAAAUGGAACGAAAGUGCCCUCUAGUGUUGGAGGAACAAAGUUGCUCCUCUUGUACACGUUACGGAUUGGUUUGACCAUAACUGACAUAGGAUAAAUUUUCCUCCUGUAAACUGAUAUUAGAAAAUUUAAGUAAAUGCAAAAGAAAUGACUAAAUCUCAAGAAUAAACUAGUUAUUGUGGUUUCAGGUGUAAAACUUUGUUGCAGCCCUUUGAAAAAUGUUUUAAAGGUGACAAAUCUUUAAUUAAUCUCACUGUUAAUAGCUGUAGAGACACAUGAGGAGGGCAUGGUGAAGAGGGAUUGUAUUAAGUGUGAUAAAACCUCAUUUUAUUUGAUUUUAAUCAAAUAUAAAGAUAGGGUGCUGCAUAAAAUGUAGAUAAAAACUGGAUGCAUUGAUUUGCAGAUAUAAUAAAUCAAUAUUUUAUUCCCAACAGAACAAAUAAAACAUAAAAAUGUAUAAAAGUGAGACAUUUUACAAAUCUCAUAAGGAAUAUUAACUCAUCUUGUCUCAUAAGAUUGUGACAAUCCCAUGUUUGUUGCUCUUUAACAUUUUUUUAAUUACAGUCUGCAAACAUUUGGAAGCUGAGGAGACCAGUUGCUGGACCUUUGGUGGAGGAAUGUUGUCCCACUCUUGUCUUGAGGAUUAUAGCAGCUCAACAGUCUUUAGUCUUCUAUGUUGGUGGACAGCAGUCCAGCUAGUCCAA